CACGCUGCCCGGCAGCAGGAAGCGCUCUGCGGGAGCCGCAGCCACUUUGUGUUUUGGUGCCACGCACGUUCCUCGCCAGCCCCGAGCCCGGGCUGCGGCGGGGGAGGGACAUUCCCGCUGCCCCCCCCCCCCGCCCCCCUAGAGACCCGGCCCGGUCCCGCCCCACGCGGGGAGAAGGCUGCAGAAUAAGGACCCAGUUUUGCUCCAGAGCGUCCUAUCUUCCCAGGGGCCGGGGCAGGGAAAUGGCUGUGCUGGAUCCAGCUCAGAUGCUGGUAACCUUCGAGGAGGUGGCCGUGUAUUUCACCGCGGAGCAGGGGGCUCUGCUGGACCCCACUCAGAGAGCCCUCUACAGGGACGUCAUGCAGGAGAACUAUGAGAGUGUGACCUCGCUGGGACUCCCCAUUCCCAAACCUGACCUGAUCGCCCGGCUGGAAGCAGGGGAAGAGUUGUGGCUCCCAGAUCUCCAGGCCUUCGAGGAAAGGAAGAUCCCAAGAGGCACCUGCACAGCAGGUGACGAGACAAUGAGUGAGAAUGAGGAUGGGAAUCCACAGCAGGAAGGUCCUGAGCACGUGGAACUGCAGGGGAGGUUUCUGAGAAGAGCCGAUGGAAAUUUUUCCCAGUGCUGGGAAGAGAGAGAAGCCUGGAGUCAUCGGCACAGGACAGAGAGGAAGCUGGGAAACAGGCAAAAGAAUAAAGUGGAUGAGUUCAUUGAAUGCAGGGGAGGAGGCAAGGAUCCCCAGGAAACCACAGCCCAGCAGGCAAAUCCUAAGGAAAAGAAACCCUAUAAAUGCUUGGACUGUGGGAAAAUCUUCAACUGGAUCUCAAAUCUUACUACUCAUCGGAGACUGCACACGGGAGAGAAACCAUAUAAAUGUCUUGAGUGUGGGAAAAGCUUUAGUCAGUGCUCAGGCCUUAUUAGCCAUGGGAGAACCCACACAGGAGAGGGACCAUAUAAAUGCCUGGAGUGUGGGAAAAGCUUCAGUACAUCAUCAGUCCUUAUUAUCCAUCAGAGAACCCACACAGGAGAGAAACCAUUUCAAUGCCUUGAGUGUGGGAAAAGUUUCAGUCAGCGCUCACAUCUUACUAGCCAUGGGAGAAUCCACACAGGAGAGGGCCCACAUAAAUGCUUGGACUGUGGGAAAAGUUUCAGUGGACCAUCAGCCCUUACUGCACAUCAGAGGAUCCACACUGGAGAGAAACCCUAUAAGUGCUUGGACUGUGGGAAAAGCUUUAGUCAGAGCUCAAGCCUUAUUAGCCAUAGGAGAAUCCAUACAGGAGAGAAACCCUAUAAAUGCCUUGCGUGUGGGAAAAGUUUCAGUGUAUCAUCAGCUCUUAUUGUACACCAGAGAACCCACACAGGAGAGAAACCCUAUAAAUGUUCAGACUGUGGGAAAAGCUUCAGUCUGCACUCAAGACUUAUAAACCAUAGCAGAAUCCAUACAGGAGAGAGACCAUAUACAUGCCUGGAUUGUGGGAAAAGUUUCAGUCAGCGCUCACAUCUUAAUAGCCAUGGGAGAAUCCACACAGGAGAGGGCCCACAUAAAUGCUUGUACUGUGGGAAAAGUUUCAGUGGCCCAUCAGCCCUUACUGCCCAUCAGAGAACCCACACAGGAGAGAGACCCUAUAAGUGUUUGUACUGUGGGAAAAGUUUUAGUCAACAGUCAAGCCUUAUUAGCCAUGGCAAAAUCCACACAGGAGAGGGACCGUAUAAAUGCCUUGAGUGUGGGAAAACUUACAAUGCACCAUCAGCACUUACUGUACAUCAGAGAACUCACACGGGAGAGAAACCCUAUAAGUGCUUGGACUGUGGGAAAAGUUUCAAUCAGCGCUCACAUCUUACUAGCCAUAGGAGGAUCCACACAGGAGAGGGACCACAUAUAUGCCUUGAGUGUGGGAAAAGUUGCAAUGCCCCAUCAGCCCUUAUUGUACAUCAGAGAACCCACACGGGAGAGAAGCCCUAUAAAUGCCUCGAGUGUGGGACAAGUUUCAGUGUACCAUCAGCCCUUAUUACACAUCAGAGGACCCACACGGGAGAAAAACCCUAUAAAUGCCUGGACUGUGGUAAAAGCUUCAGUCAGAGCUCAAAUCUUACUGCCCAUCGGAGGCUGCACAUGGGAGAGAAACCCUGUAAAUGCUUGGACUGUGGGAAAAGUUUCAGUGCACCAUCAGCCCUUAUUGUACAUCAGAGAACCCACGUAGGAGAGAAACCUUAUAAAUGCCUCCACUGUGAGGAAGGUUUCAGUCAGCGCUCAAACCUUGUUAGACAUCAGACAAUCCACACAAGAGAAAACCCCUAUAAAUGCUUAGAUGAUUGGAAAAGUUUCAGUCCCUGCUCAUAACUUCAUAAAAAUUGAAGAAUUCACACAGGACAGAAUCUAUAAAUGCUUCAACUGUGGAAAAAGUUUCAUUUGAAGAUCAAACCUUCCAUCACAUGAGACAAUCCACAUGACAGAGAACCCAUAAAUGCUUGGAUUGUGGGGAAAGGUUCAAUAACGGCAUGAAGAGAUUCAGUCUGAGCUCACACAUUGUUCCUCAUCGCAUAAUUAACAGAAGAAAGAGCUAGAAUGUGCAGGAAGCUUUAUUUGGUGCUCAUAUGGCAUCAAGCCUCAGUAAAUCCACACAGAGGAGAGCCCUUUGAUGUGUCCUUAGCAUGGAAAAUGCUUCAGUUGGAGCUAACACCACACUGGACAUCAGAGACUCCUCCACAUAGGAGAGAAAUUCCCUCAGUGCCCUGGUUGGGGCUGGCCUUAGUAAAAACUCCAUUUCCUAAUUCCCACCCGCAUCGGUGGCAUUUGGCUUCUAGGUAUCUGUUAGAGGGCUUUUCCCCUCACCCUCUCUCCUGGUUCUUGUCUCACAGACAGAGAGCAGACCAGAAGUCCAAAGGACAGACAAUUCAAUGUUUAUUGGGAUUCGUUUCCAAGCAAGUAUAUUUCGCACCCUUCACACCAGUUAGGCUUAUCUCUACGUGCCGAUAGUCUAUUCCCCGGUGUUCCCUUCCCAGCUCUGACACCACAGAGCCUUCCCUGUGUCCCAACUGCCUGUUCCCCAUCCUCAUUCGCCAGUCCCCUUCCCCCUGCUCCUCCUCCUUAGCAGGGCCAGAUAGGUCUGCAAUGCACACCCCUAGUCACGCCACUUACAACGUAUGGUCAUGUUCUGUUUGGGAGGGUCAUGAGUUGGGGUCUUCGUGCCACCUCUUUUGUAACCCAAGGGAGGGGUGAGGAGUGAGGUUGGGCUUCGGUAGGGGCAGGCAUUUCUUUGGUCUUUUAGUGUUUUACUGCCCCCCAUCCCGCCUUCCCCUCCUGACCAGUUGCUUGGCCUUGCUUUGAGAGACCUGUGGCGGUUGUCAAGUGUGCACUCGUAUAUUACACUCCAUCUGUGCCCAGGAACACUAGCUCCAGUUCUUAGCUCUUUUCACCCCAUCUGUGUGUGGGCAGAUGUAGCACAUGGUGCCAUUGUCCUUUGCUCACACACAUUUAGUAAAAUAUGCAAGAGUCAAACCCCAAAUUCUGUCUCAGGCUGACAACCAGGCUUAUGUGCUAACAGUAUCCAGCUGCCCAUCUCUGGGGGCAGGUUCCAGCAGCAGCUGACCCGGAGCUAAUCAGGGACCCUCUGGCUUUGCCUGGUCUAAGCAAACCCCAGCAGGGGAAAAGAAGCCCCUAUCAGUCCUCUGACGGGUUGUCCUGCCGAUCUGGGUAUGUCACCUGAUGUACUGGGAUUCCACUGAGCCUGCCUGUUCUACCAGCCAGGGCACCCCGACCCCAGCCUGCCAGCCUGCUCUGUCACACCCACAGGAAGUGCCACGUCCCGCUGCAGAAAGACGUGGAUGCGGAGAUUAGGUCUGCAUGAUUAGGUCUGCAUGACGUGCCCCACACUUGUGUGCACACCACUGUAGGAGUGCAAAUCCCAGGAGUGCACUGUCUUCCCAGCACAGGCACUUACCACAAUGUUCUGUGCUCUCCGUGCUUAGGAAUCACUCUGAUUUCUUUGGUCCUGACUCAGACUCCUGAGGGCUACAGAUGAAAGUGUCCCACACCUGGAGGGGGAAUUCAAAUGAACCCCAAAGCUCUUGCUCAUCUUUCUGAGCUAAAGUCCCUGUUUUCAUCUAUUGCAGGGGUCGGCAUCCUUUGGCUCCUGGUCCGUCAGGGUAAGCGCGGGCCAAGAGACAUGCGGGCCGCACUUCCUGCAGCCCCCAUUGGCCGAGAAAGGUGAACCAUGGUCACUAGGAGCUGCGAGCAGCUGUGCCUGUGGGCACUCAGGUAAACCAAGUGUCUUGUGGCCCACCAGCCGCUUACCCUGGCAGGCUGGGUGCCAAAGGUUGCCAAUCUCUGAUCUAUUGUUAAAGUGGCUUCUGGGCUUUGUAGAUGGUCAGGUUUGGGCUUUGGGUUUUUUUUUAUUAUUAUUUUUGCAUUAGGACGAUGUUAAAACUUCUGUAAAUAACACAACCAGAUAAUGAGGGGGUGCUGAGUACAGCAGGUUUAGCCAGGUCAGAAGAAAAUGAAUGAAUUUGUUUUCCUUCUUUGAGCAGUUAGAGUUCUGUGGGAUUUUCACUUUAUAAACCUGAAAUUAUUUUGUAGCACACCUUGUAGUGUUGGUUUCUGUCUCUUCCUAGAGGCCGUUUGGUCUUAUAUUUUGAUAGUAGUUUACUUUGACAGGAUGUAGCAGGUUUAUUAAGGACUUUAUGAGACAAAUGAUCAUUUGCCAGAAGAGUCCUUUUUUGUUUUGACUGUUCUUUCCCAUUGUCCUGAGAUUUUUGUGUGUUUGAACAAUGAAAAGUGUCACUGUCUGUCAGCACAAACACUGAGGGUGAGUGUUAGAGUCACACCCUGAGGGGCCGAGACUGAACAGGGUAUGGAGUUACUGCCAGAUCCCUGCAGAGCUGUGAGAUGCAGACAGGCGGGGGAGAGGGUGGGGAACAGAGCUGGGAAACUGCAGACUUGUCUCUUGGGAGCCAGACAGCUGAGGCUGAGAACGGUGAACUUGCUGUGCCAGUGCCAGAGAGAGACAGGAAUUGCCCUGGGAGUGCUGGGUGAAGCCAUCCCUGAAGACGGAAGGGCUACAAACGAUGCCCCAAGAGGAAUGAUGAGGGGAGCGGGCAGCGUCUCCCCAUUGCUCAGAGGACGAGCCUGUGCAGAAACAAGAAGGAAGCUGGGGAAGUCAAGAGGCCUGAGCCAGCCUUGAAGCCAGGCUGACCCCACCACAGAGGCGAGAGGGAGAUGAGGAGCCUGAAAGCCCAGCUGGUCACCCCUCCCCAUCUAACACGGUCUUGUGUGGGGACGACAGACUGUCUGCCCCACUCACCCCACACUGCGUCCCUGGUGUGAUGGAGUAGGGACUGUGUCUGUGGAGGAUGGGAGAGCCGGGGAUGUCUUUAGAUGAGAGACAGGAUCUAGG